AAUAUUGACCAUACAAAUAUAACAGUUUUAUUUGUCUAUCUUUUGUUGACUUCAAGAGCUAAAGCACCGAGAAAGAACUGAAAACCAGACACUCAGCUGACAGGCUGGGUGGACUCCUGCACCAAGCUCCUCCCCCUCUCGCUGCUCGCUCCUUCGCGGGGACGCGCCCGAUCUUACCCGAUCAGUUUUGGCAGACCAUCACUUUACGGCACAACACCUGUUCUUCUCUCGGAUCAGCCUUCAAAUCCCCAUCUCUGCCUGUGCUGACUGACUGGCAGUGAUCACUAUCGGCUCACAGAUAGCGACGGCGGUCUUUUCAGCGCUUCACAGGAAUGCUGUGUAGACAAGACACCGUGGGAGGAAGCCUCAGAGUGAACCAGAGGGCGGUGAGACACGAAUGGCUUCCCUGAAGCUGCUUCCCGUCGAGGAGGGAGGCAAACAGUCCAAACUAAACCCCGAUGCCACAGGAGAGGGGCUUCCCAUGGAGGGUGGCUGUGUCCCCGUCCGCAGCAUCCGCGGCCGAAGUCUUUCAGUACCAAGGACAGCGCCGCGCAGGGCGGGCGCGGAGGGGAAACUCUGCCCCCACAGCGAGGAGAAAAUACGAAUUUGCUGUGACGAGGAAUUAGAGACAUCCUUUACCUUUAUUGAUGAGAAUGUUAACUUGCGAUUGACCAGCCCGGAGACUAGCUGCAAAAGUGCUCAUAGGACCGUGCGCAACGGCGAACCUUGCUCUGAGACUUUGCCGGAGCUCUCCUUCAUGUCCGAGGACGACCUUUCCUUCGGCGAGAGCUCUGGGAGUUCUGUGGACUACGGCUUUAUCAGCGCGGUGACGUUCCUGGUGACGGGGAUCUCCCUGGUGAUAAUCUCUUACGCUGUGCCCCGGGAUGUGGAGGUAGACCGCGACAGCGUGUCGGCGAGGGAGAUGGAGCGACUGGAGAUUGAGAACGCCCGGAUAGGUGCCCACCUGGACCGCUGUGUGAUAGCGGGACUCUGCUUGCUGACGCUGGGUGGCGUCGUGCUCUCAACGCUGCUGAUGAUCUCCAUGUGGAAGGGGGAGAUGUACAGGAGGAAGCUCGCAGCCUACUCCAAACGCUCGGCUAAACUGUACGGCUCCAUCAGCCUGAAGACACGAUCCAGUCCCAGCCACUCGUCUGCGCGCUUGUCCCUGGAGGAGGAGAUGGUGGAGACUUUGGCUUAAGCUACUACAUUUCUUUAACCAAGAAUUAAUGUCAGAGACAUGCAUUUAUAACAACCUAGCAAACUAUAUGAGACCCAUAAUGGUAGGAAAUGGGCUGAAAAAUGGGCCCAGAUGGGUGUGUGUAGGUUACAUAAUGUACCCCUGCUGAUUGUUGAUUUGAGAUGGGAGAACUCUUGGUAAUAAGUGGAACAGACCCACAUAGGUUCUAGAUGUUUUGUAAUGAAUAUGCUUAACAAUUUGACACCAAGCUAAGACCUACAAAGGGUGCUUACAUCCAGCCUGAGCAAAAUCCACAUGGGGCCAACAUGUACACUUUGGCAGGGAAAUUAUCACUGCCAACAUGUAUUUAUUAGCCCAUUGUUUGCCUAUAUGGGCUCCACAUAAGGCAUUAGCUAGGUAUGCUGCUGCUCAGAGUUCCCAGGACAGCAGGGGGAUCCCAACAGCACUGGACCUUAACCAUGUGGUAAAUUACCCCCAUCAACAUGUAUAUGUGGGCCACUCCUGGAUUUUGCUCAGGCUGGAUAGUCACUAAGUGGGCAUGGAUUCACCAUUGACCUCUUCUUAGGGAUCCACGUGGGUGAAUGUGUCAGCAAAACAGGUUGGGCAUCCCGUGGAAGCUUACCUGGGUCUAAGUGACACUUUUAAACAUCAAGUGAAAUUGUGCAACAUUUCUCAUAUGGAUUCCACUUAUUAUCCAGAGUUGGACAAGCCUACAGAGGCAAUGACCAUGCACCCACUAUGUAAUCCAGGAGCUGUCCCAGUACAAGCUAAUUUUUUGUGCACAUUUCCAAUCCUUAUGGGUCCCAUAUAUAAAAUGGGGGAUGAGAGCCUGACUGAGACAUAAGAAAACUAGGCCCUCAAGCCAGCCACCAAGAACACUCAACUUCUCACACCUAUUAAAGACCUAAAAAAUU